AUGAGCCGACGUGGCCUCGUCCUUUUGCUCUUCUGCUCCAUAGUUGCAGUCACCCGAAGUGAGUUCUAACGAGCAGAGUUUAAUUUCAUUUCCAUCAAGAACGGAACCACCCGAUUCUGCGCGACUUUUGACACCACUCGGACUCGUUUAUAAUGGAAAUUUAAAUGAGAAGCAUUGGGGGGAUUAGGACAGGGUUUGACAGGGAACCGGGUAAUGGUGGCCGGGAUAAGACAAAGCCAUAACUCAAACAUUUUUCUGGUGAGCAAAGGAUGAACGGCAGGUGUCAUUGGACACUAAAUCGUCGUCAGCCAAAUGAAUAAUGAGCGAAGAAAACCAUCUGUCGGCUUUAAUGUUCUUCGUCCAAACGAUGACCGCUUGUGUAUACAUUCGGAGGUGGCACUGCAGAAGUGAAGGGCCGGAAAUUCGGAAACGAAUUCAAGUGUACUCAUUUGAGCGUGUCGGCCGACGAAUGAACGAACAUGGAAAACUGCAAUUUGUGAGGGGCUCAAGUGGACUCAGAAAUUGUUUUACGAUCAGAAAUUCACUUUGUCAGCGAGUAAUCAUUUGAUCCUCUUCAAAUGACACCCUCUACCGUAGUCCGCUUUCUCUUUUUGUACCCGCCUCCAUAAUUUGAUUAUGCAAUGUGUCGUGCUCUCCCAAAACAUAACCGGGGGGCCACUCUCCAUUCCCUUUCUCGUAAAUAACCCCGUGCUAGCCAGGAUUAGCACCGCCCGAGUCAGAUGGCUCAACUCGUCACACCGAGUUAAUCCCGUUUGGCACGGACCUUUAACACAUGUCCGUGUGCCGAACAAGAAGAUCAGAAACGAAGGAAUGAAUUGCAGGCUCAGCCGAAUGCAGCGAUGUCUCGUUCUCGUCGGCCGCUUCCAAACUGGACGGUUUGAAGAGAGUGACAAGGCUGUCGGUCAGCGGACACAUUUCUGCCUACCACGUCAAGGUGUCCAUCUCGGAUGACGACUUCCAAUUGGUUCGGCUCUCGAAUGGAAAUCCGCUGGUGAGGAAGCCGCCCGGUCCCCCCAGGGAAACCAUGUUAUCUAACCGGAAAAGACACCGCCGCCACAUGGAAAUGUCCCAUUUUGGCGACGAAUAAGAUGGAUGUGCGAAGAAAAACGAUGUUGUUGCAGGUCCUCUAUUCCACGUUAUCGAACACGCCAUCGUGGACGCAUGUGGACUUCCUGGCGUCGGAAGUGAGAAUACUGCCGGCUUUCGAGCAGGCGACGGAGGAUGUGCGGGGACCGCUCCUGAUAUUGACAGUCUGCGAUUACGGUAGACAACUUAUCAUUACGGAGAUGUUAUAAAUCCGUUUCAGACACUCAGAUCACGGCUUUCGAUGACUCUUCAUACACCGUUGAGGCACAUCAUGCCGGUCUCGUUUCAAUGUACGAGAAUGAUUUGUGCGUUGUGUUCCGUACCUACCGAUCCGGGGUCUUCUUCUUCUCCAUGGCCGAUCAGGGAGACGUCCUUAUUGCUCAAAUAAUUCACGGAACAAUCCACGUCAUAUUUGACUUUGGAUCACUGACACCGUCCAAGAUCAGUGCUGGAAAAGCACUUGACGACGGCCGGUGGCAUGAGGUUAGGCUCAUUUUCAUAUCACAAACUUCAUUUGCAACUUCAGAUGCGAUGGCUGCAUCAGUUCGACUCGGUGCAACUUUCCAUCGACGGCGUGCUCCUCAAUCAAACCGCUCCCACUGGUCUCUAUAGAAAAUUGGACCUGCACAGCGUGGUAAGUGCACUUUCCGCUUCCUGCUCUUGACUUUCUCCUCGCAAUUGUUGAGUGAAAUCUGAGAAGCGUUCCGGUGUAAUUACCCCUUGGGUGGAGGGGAGACCUCCCGCUGUUGUUCUGUUGAUUUGCGGAUUAUCGCCAAGACUUGUAGGUACAUAUUGGAGGACGGCCUGCCGAUGACUUCUCGCAGGGGAUUGAGACAACGUUUACCGGUGAGUGCAUGGGAGAGUGACGAUCAGUCGGAGGGAAACCGGUGAUAUUGCAGGUUGCAUCGCCCGCCUCCAGUUGAACAAUGCGGAUCUUCUCCAGCUUGCUCCGAGUGAAGUUCACAGUCAGUGUCAGAUGCCGAAACCUCCGUCUUUCACCCUUCACAACGCUUCACGAGCCGUCCUUCCGUUCACAUUCCUUCCGUUCUCGUUCGAAUUCCGAAUAGUUCCUGUCAACGGCCCUCUGGUAACUCUGUUGGAUGCAGAGAACGGAACACUUGUGGAUGUGGUGGUCGACGACGAUAUGAAACUGCACCUUGUCAGCAACAUUACCAAGUUCCGGCAGGCCGCAAAUCCAGGUAUUUGUCCUCUUAACUGCCAUCCAUCUCAAAGAUAUCGUCAACAUUUCAGCAAUUGACGUGGCGAAUGGAGCAUGGCACAGUUUCUCUCUGAGAAUUCGGGGAGUCCGGAUGGAAAUUGAUGUGGAUGGGUACACGGUUCUAUGGUUAGAAGGGCACGAAGUCAGGAGGAUCUCACAGAGACUCUCCAACUUUAUCAUUUCCGCCAGUGGGUGUUACCGAAGUGCUACGAUAGACCUGACAAGUGUCCGGGUUGAUGGAAAUGUGACAAGGGGAGAAUGCACGUUCGUUGAGAAGUGUCUUCCGAAUCCAUGUGAGAACGGAGGCGGCUGCAUUCAAUCAGCUCUAGAUGACUACGUUUGCAACUGCCGCGAAGGGUACAAAGGAAAGAACUGUCAUACGAGUGAGUCCCGCAAGCAACUUCCAGCAUUUUUCUAAUUGUGUUUUUCCAGCCGAUCUUCCUCAUUCUUGUGAAGAAUGGGUCUUCACGAAAGGAAAUAAGCAGAAGGCAGUGAAAGGACGAAAAGUGCUCAUAGACAUUGACGGAGGAGGGGAAAUGCAACCGAUCAAUGUGACGUGCAAGAUGGAGCGGGACGAGAUGGGCGUAGACGGAGUAAGCACCAUUCUGGAGCAUGACCUCGGCCGGCCGAUGAUUGUGACUGGGGACAACAAACCGGGAGCCGUGCGACACUCUCUGAUCUACGGAAUCAGUACAGAACAGAUGGACCGACUGGUCGAAGGAUUCGAGACGUGCAGCCAGUUCAUGAGGUACACGUGUCGAGGAGGCGUCCGACUGAUGACUCAGGGGGACGAGAGAAGUCCUUCUUCGUGGUAUUCGACGAGAAGUGACAAGCACGGACUGCAGUGGGGCGAGGCCCCUCCGUACUCGCGGAUGUGUUCGUGUGCCAUCAACGGAAGUUGUCUACACAAUCGAAUGUGCAACUGUGACAGUGGAGAAGACGCGACCGACGAGGGCGUGAAUCCGUACUCGCAGCUGCUCCCCGUCACGGGAUUGUUCCUGGGCGGAACCACCAAGUCGUCGUCCAUCGAGGUAGAGAUCGGACCGUUGAAGUGCAGAAACAGAGCGACGUUCGAUUCGGUGACAUUCUCGGAUCGGAAUGCGAAACUGAGUGGGACUCAGACCUUCUCCCAGAGAACUUUCGAUGUCUCCAUGCACGUCAAGUUCUCUCACUCGCAGAUGUCCAUUCUCUCGUGGCAUUCCACAGACGACCUGCAUUGGUUUCAUUUGUACGUGAACGACGGAAAGAUCGUCGGAGAGGUUGUGAACGGCGGAGAGAGUCAGCAGAUUGUCUCCGAACACAGAUAUGAUGACGGAAAGUGAGUGUCCCUCCCACUGUUCUCUUCAUUUUGCCUCAUAUUUUCUUUUUUCCAGCUUCCAUUCGAUAUACUGGGAAGUAGGUUCGACGGGAAUGUCCUUGAAAGUGGACGGCAUCCGUAAAUCCAUCAAAGCAUCCUUUGUCCUUCCGACUGUUUACACGUGGAUCGUCGGAUCUCGUACCGAAAAAGGAUCUACCGGAUUCGCGGGAGUUAUCCGAAAUGUUUACCUUUGUGGGGUGGAGUUGGCUCUCGGACAGUUCGCGAGGAAGGAAACCGAGAAAGGUAAGAAACUUGAUAGCUUGUUCAACCCGAGACCACCAUCCGUGUUCAGGCAUUUCGAUCGGAGACGACGGGUACUGCCGACCGGAUUUGUGUCAGAAUGGAGGGCAGUGCAUUGACAAGUACGACGGGUACGUGUGCGACUGCAGCAUGACUCCGUUCGGCGGGAACGACUGCACGAAGGAGUACGGGAUGAUGGUCCCUUCCGGCUCGACCAUUCAGAUCCCCUGGCAGAAUCCAGCCCAUCAGUCAAUGUGCCAUCGGAUCGCCAUUCAAACUGUCUCCAGAAACACCUCAAUUCUCAGAUCUAAAGCUCUUUUUGCUGAUUCCACGUUCAAUUUGACUGUUGACAAUAGCGGUAAUCAUCUGAAUAUCACUUUCUUUCACAUAAACUUCUUUAGGAAAUCUUCAAAUGAUGGCCUACGACGGUUUCUUCUUCCACUACACACGGCACUCACGGAAUCACAAUUUGAGCGAUGACGUCAUGCACGACAUCUCAUUCUGUGCUUCGAAACAUCAUUUCAACGUGACAGUCGAUGGAAUGCAGGUCAUUACCAUCGAGGGAAAUUGGACGUUCUUCGAGAGUUUCAACGUCUGGCACUUCCUCGACGAAAGUACGCGCGGCUGACAUGUUUCAUGUCUAAAUUAUUUGCUUUUUAGACUUCGAAGGAUGUGUGUCUCGGAUACAAACUGGCUCGGCUUUUCCGCUGAAGAAUCCAAAGACAGCCAGGUUGAACUACUCGGGGAAGAUUCGAUUCGGAACAUGUCCAGUGGAGGCGGUGUAAGUGUCUUUCUCGUUUCUUUUGGGUGAAGAAGAAAGAAACCUUCCUCUAAUUUUUGUGUUUCAGAUCUCGACAGCAGCUCUACGACUUCAACCCAUCACCAGGUGUGAGCACGACAACAGCUCUCGCAUCCACGGAAGAUAUAAAAAUAUUCUCUGUGUCACAGAAUAGACAAGCUCUCGUGUCAAAAGCUAGUGAGUGAAAUGAAAGGGAUAAAGAGUGACAGACAAGAUUUUCAGUUAUUGGAGGCGGUAUUCUGGCACUUUCCCUCUUCAUACUGUGUAUGAGUUCUCUGAUCUGUUACAUGAGGUCUCGGCCGGAAGGAGUCUACAAAACCAACGAGACAGGUACGUCCUGGUCCUUCCAAUUCCCUUAUCGAACUUCUUUUUCAGGAGAGAACUGUUCUCCGAGCCGGAGCGAAGAACCUCUCGUGCACAACAUCAACAACAACACCCAAAUGUACGCAUCCAACAAGGAGUAUUUCUGCUGA